UUCUCUGCAAAUUCUGCCAGUCAGAGCUCAGUGCCCGUCACCUCCCGUCCCCGCUCACAGGGACAUUUUAGGACAUGGCAGGGAGAAAAUCUGCAGGUGUACUUGCUCUUCACGUUGUCUGCCUCCUUUUUGGUGCUGCCCUUUGUUUGCCCACGGAGAAAUUGUCAAAUUACGACGUGGACGGCGGACGGGACCUUGACAUUUUUGACAUAAAUGAAGAGGCAGGACUGGAUCUUGUGGAAGGAGACAUCGUCCUUGAUGAGAGGCAAGCUCGAAACUCUAUAAUAGGGGAUGAGUACAGGUGGCCAAAGACGAUCCCAUACUACAUGGAAGAUGACUUAGAGAUCAAUGCAAAGGGUGUGAUUCUGAAGGCCUUUGAGCAGUACCGGCUCAAGACCUGCAUUGAUUUCAAGCCUUGGAGCGGCGAAGCAAACUACAUCUCCAUUUUCAAAGGGGGCGGCUGUUUCUCCUCAGUGGGAAAUCGACACGUUGGGAAGCAGAGAUUGUCCAUCGGAAGCAACUGUGACCGCAUCGCCACCAUCGAACACGAGUUCCUUCAUGCGUUGGGUUUCUGGCACGAGCAGUCCAGGGCAGACCGAGAUGACUAUGUCAAAAUCAUGUGGGACCGCAUCUCAGAUGGCAGAGAGCACAACUUCAACACCUACAACGACACCACCUCCAGCUCUCUUGGCGUCCCCUACGACUACGGCUCCAUGAUGCACUACAGCAAGAACGCCUUUCGCAACGGCACCGAGCCCACCAUCGUCACCAAGAUCCCUGCGUUCAGCGAUGUCAUCGGCCAGCGCAUGGAGUUCAGCGACAGCGACCUGCUCAAGCUGCACCGCCUCUAUAACUGCACCCAGGGCUCCACCUUCCUCGACUCAUGUGACUUUGAACGUGAGAACAUCUGUGGUAUGAUCCAGGGACAAGGGGACCAGGCGGAGUGGCUCAGGGUCGGUGCAGCUGCCGGAGGGCCCGACACUGACUACUCCAACAUGGGCAAAUGCACUGGCUCGGGAUACUUCAUGCACUUCAACACUGGCACAGCCACCAACGGGGACACGGCUCUGCUCGAGAGCCGGCUCCUUUACCCCAGGAGAGGUUUUCAGUGUCUGCAGUUCUUUUACUACAACAGCGGCGGCCCCGGCGACAGACUGAAGAUCUUUGUCCGAGAGUACGACAACGCGAACCCCAAUGGAACGCUGCGCUUCAUAGCGACCGUGGACGGAUCCCCUCAGCAGCUGUGGCAGGUGCACCACGUGCGGCUGGACGUCAAAACCAAAUUCCGCGUUGUAUUUCAAGGGUCCAAGGAGGGCUCGGGGCCCUCGACAGGGGGCCUGUCCCUGGAUGACAUCAACCUGUCUGAGACCACCUGCCCGGAGUUCACGUGGCGCGUGAAGAACUUCAGCAGCGUCAUGGAAAACACUCCAAUGAACACGGCAAUCUUCAGCCCGCCGUUCACCUCCACGGAGGGUUACACGUUCCAAAUGGAGCUGUACCCCGGCGGAAAGGACGGCUACCCCGGCGAGCUGUCGGCCUUCGCUCAUCUGGUGGCCCGCGAGGGGGACACCGGGCAGAAGUGGCCCUGCCCCUGGAAACAGAUGACCAUGAUGCUGAUGGACCAGCACCCGCACAUCCAAAAGCGCAUGUCCAACCAGCGCAGCGUCACCACUGACCCCAGCAUGAAGGCGACAGACUCGGACGUGUUCUUCUGGGAUGACCCUCGCAAGGUGGGCGUGGAGGUCACCGACACAGACGGGUCCAAGUAUUUCCGAGGGCUGGGCGCCGGAACCGCGGUGUUUCUCACUCACCUCCGAGCCAAGAGCCGGGACUUCAUCAAGGGAGGAGACGCCAUAUUUCUCCUCUCGAUGGAGGAUGUGUCUCAUCUGACCGCGAGCCAGCCUACGCCGGGCACCACCGUCCAACCCGGCACCACCACUGCCCCCGCCGAUGUCUGCCUCAAUGUGCAGUGUCUGAAUGACGGAGUCUGCGUGGAUCACGAAGGGGAGGCUGCUUGCAGGUGCGUGGUGGGCGAUGACUGGUGGUACUACGGGGACAGUUGUCAGUACAAGGGCUCCGUCAUGGAUAAAACCACCCUUGCCCUCGCCUCUUCUCUGUCCGUACUGGGCGUCAUGCUGUUGGUCACAGUCGUCAGUGUCAUCUGUGUGAAGAAGAAGUAUAAGAAGCGCAGCAGUGGCAACGGCGUCAUCUUGGCAAACAUGCAAGCUGCAUAGAAACCGUAGGCGGAGGAACCUGAACGUUUCCACUGACAACUUAGAGAACAAAGGAAAACAGCGACGAAGAAAAUGUUAACUUGAAAUAAAAUAAAUACAUUUUUCUGAAUGAAAUAUCUUAUACAGCAAGUUUGGACUGACAUUACUCAAGUGCAUAAAAGGUAAACCAUGUAGAUCAUAACAUUAUAUGAGAUCGCCCCCAUCUGGCCAUCCAAUGUAAAGACACUACAACAAUGUCAGAAUUAUUGUGCUAAAUAAAUUAUUUUAAAACUA